AUGACCGCGGGCUCCGGCGUGCUCCUCGUGCUGCUCUCGCUCUCCGGCGCGCUCCGGGCCCAUGAUGAGGAUGUUACAGCCAGAGAGACCUGCAAGGCUGGGUUCUCGGAAGAAGACUACACAGCAUUAAUCUCGCAAAAUAUUCUGGAAGGAGAGAAGCUACUCAAAGUCAAGUUCAGCAGCUGUGUGGAGACCCGCGGGACGCAGUAUGAGACCAACAGCCUGGAUUUCAAAGUCGGUGAAGAUGGGACGGUCUUCGCCACCCGGGAGCUGCGGAUCCCCUCUGAGCAGGUGGCGUUCACAGUGACCGUGUGGGACCACCAAACGGCAGAGCGAUGGGACACCGUGGUGCGACUGCUGGUGGCGCAGACCUCGUCCCUACACUCGGGACACAAGAAGGGUCCAACCCUACUUCUUUGACCCUUCUCUCCACAGAAUGACACGCUGCUGCCGUGGCCCCAGCAUCAGCGCUCCAGCGGGUUGAGGCGGCAGAAGCGGGACUGGGUCAUCCCACCCAUCAACGUGCCAGAGAAUUCCCGUGGACCCUUCCCACAGCAGCUUGUGAGGAUCCGGUCUGACAAAGACAACGACAUCCCCAUCCGGUACAGCAUCACAGGCGUGGGCGCCGACCAGCCCCCCAUGGAGGUCUUCAGCAUCGACUCCAUGUCUGGCCGGAUGUACGUGACUCGGCCCAUGGACCGGGAGGAGCGAGCCUCUUACCACCUACGCGCCCACGCCGUGGACAUGAACGGGAACAAGGUGGAGAACCCCAUUGACCUGUACAUCUAUGUCAUUGACAUGAACGACAACCGCCCCGAAUUCAUCAACCAGGUCUACAACGGCUCUGUGGACGAAGGCUCCAAGCCAGGCACCUACGUGAUGACCGUCACGGCCAAUGACGCUGACGACAGCACCACAGCCAAUGGGAUGGUGCGGUACCGGAUCGUGACCCAGACCCCACAGAGCCCGUCCCAGAACAUGUUCACCAUCAACAGUGAGACGGGUGACAUCGUGACAGUGGCAGCUGGCCUGGAUCGAGAGAAAGUUCAGCAGUACACAGUCAUCGUUCAGGCCACAGACAUGGAGGGAAACCUCAAUUACGGCCUCUCGAACACAGCCACAGCCAUCAUCAUGGUGACAGACGUGAAUGACAACCCACCGGAAUUCACCACAAGCACAUUUGCAGGGGAGGUCCCUGAAAACCGGGUAGAGACAGUGGUCGCAAACCUGACCGUGAUGGACCGAGAUCAGCCCCACUCGCCAAACUGGAAUGCUAUCUACCGCAUCAUCAGUGGGGACCCUUCUGGGCACUUCAGUGUCCGCACAGAUCCGGUCACCAAUGAGGGCAUGGUCACCGUGGUGAAGGCCGUCGACUAUGAGCUGAACAGAGCUUUCAUGCUGACCGUGAUGGUGUCCAACCAGGCACCCCUGGCCAGUGGCAUCCAGAUGUCCUUCCAGUCCACAGCAGGCGUGACCAUCUCCGUCAUGGAUGUCAACGAGGCCCCCUAUUUCCCCUCAAACCACAAGCUGAUCCGCCUGGAGGAAGGCGUGCCCACGGGCACCGUGCUGACCACCUUUUCAGCCGUGGACCCUGACCGGUUCAUGCAGCAAGCAGUGAGGUACUCAAAACUGUCAGACCCUGCCAACUGGCUGCACAUUAACGCCACCAAUGGUCAGAUCACCACGGCAGCUGUCCUUGACCGCGAGUCCCUCUACGUCAAAAACAAUGUCUACGAGGCCACCUUCCUGGCAGCUGACAAUGGGAUCCCCCCAGCCAGUGGCACCGGGACCCUGCAGAUCUAUCUCAUUGACAUCAACGACAACGCCCCUGAGCUGCUGCCUAAGGAGGCGCAGAUCUGCGAGAAACCCAACCUGAAUGCCAUCAACAUCACAGCGGCCGACGCGGACGUCGACCCCAACAUCGGCCCCUAUGUCUUUGAGCUGCCCUUCGUCCCAGCCACAGUGCGGAAGAACUGGACCAUCACCCGUUUAAAUGGUGACUACGCCCAGCUCAGCUUGCGCAUCCUGUACCUGGAGGCUGGGAUGUAUGACGUCCCCAUCACUGUCACAGACUCUGGGAACCCUCCCCUGUCCAACACGUCCGUCAUCAAGGUCAAGGUGUGCCCGUGUGAUGACAACGGCGACUGCACCACCAUCGGUGCGGUGGCAGCAGCUGGCCUGGGCACUGGCGCCAUUGUGGCCAUCCUCAUCUGCAUCGUCAUUCUUCUGUCCAUGGUCCUGCUGUUCGUCGUGUGGAUGAAGCGGCGGGAGAAGGAGCGCCACACAAAGCAGCUGCUCAUUGACCCCGAGGACGAUGUGCGUGACAACAUCCUCAAGUAUGACGAGGAAGGCGGCGGCGAGGAGGACCAGGACUAUGACCUCAGCCAGCUGCAGCAGCCAGAAGCCAUGGAGCAUGUGCUGAGCAAGGCCCCCGGUGUGCGGCGGGUGGACGAGCGGCCGGUGGGUGCUGAGCCCCAAUACCCAGUCAGGCCCGUGGUGCCUCACCCGGGCGACAUCGGUGACUUCAUCAACGAGGGACUUCGAGCAGCUGACAAUGACCCCACGGCACCCCCCUAUGACUCCCUGCUGGUCUUUGACUAUGAAGGGAGCGGCUCCACCGCAGGCUCUGUCAGUUCCCUGAACUCGUCCAGCUCUGGGGACCAAGACUAUGAUUACCUAAACGACUGGGGGCCCAGGUUCAAGAAGCUGGCAGACAUGUACGGAGGCGGCGAAGAGGAUUAA